AUGCUCACAGCUCUUGCUCUAUUCAGCUUGCUUAACAUCAGCUCUACCCUUGCUCUUCAGAUGGAGCUAGAGCAGUCAGUCUUCAUUGAUGCUUCAAAACCCCCACAUACUACCCACAAAGUCAAUUCAAACCACACUUUGACACAGUCAAGCCUUCAAUCUCCAUGCACACCGUUGCAGCAAUUUGAUUCUGGCUUUACCCGAUUCAAUCCCUCAAAUCGCUCAGGCCUAUUAAUGUCAUUCACUGUCAACUCUCUGAAUUCCCAGUGA